AUGCGAAACGGACGCAAUCAACCCAGCGCUCCUAACAGCAUACCAGACCCUCUGGUGUCUUCCAAACUCGGAAAUUUCCAGCCUACUGCUAGUGAAGUCGUCGAUGUUUCAUCCAAUAAGAAGCAGAAGCUGGAGCAUUCGUCCACUGCCUACGCAAGCAGAAAUUCCGAGAUGGAAAAAUUAUUGGCGAAACUUUCUCCCAAGCCUCAAUCGUCUGCUUUCAAGCCUGUUGAGAAUCGAGAGAUACUCACGAAGUUGUCCGAGCAACAAGCCUUGCUUGAGCAACAGAACCAUCUCCUGACAAGCAACAGUGCUUUGAUCGAGGAUCAUGUUGAUAGCGACAAGCAGUCUGCAGUGAUGCCACUCACUUCGACAUUGGAAAUAUCGCAUGCCACCGAGCCCAUAGAUAAUGCUUGCUUUGGCCCCACGGAUACUGAGACGUCUGAAGUGCUCCGCCUCAAGAAGGAACUGCUCGCUGCGAAUUCGAAGCUGGCCCUCCAGGAGCAAGAACUCGCACAAACACGAGUUAUGAAGCACACUUUAGAUCAAGCUCUUGGAACACCCUCUGAAGCUGACUUCAACGGGUGUGAAGUCACCGAGCACACGAUAAGCCAUUUGCAUAGUGCCUUCAACGCGUCCAGCUCGAACUUUACGCAGCCGCAUGAAAGAUGGAAUACCCAUGACGAUUCACAAUCAGACGUCUCAGAAGCACAAUCUGCAGGUGGAUACAGCAGGGCUCGAGGAUUCUGGUGGCCCCAGACGCAGCAGGUAUUUGGCAUGCAUAUGAAUGCUCCAGCCGGCGAAAAGGCAUACGGUGAGCAUGUGUCUCUCUCAAGCAAUACCUUUGGUCCGGAAGCCAACAGGCUCUGGGCCAACCCUACUGCAAAUCUUAGCAUAAAUGGCUCUUUUCAACCACAUCGAGUUCUUUCAGGUCCCUCCUUCGGGACCUGUAAUUCCACUACGCAAUACACUGAGGAUCCAGCUCGGUAUCUUCAUAGUCCAAAUAGUGCUCAGCGACACUCAGUACCCCACGUCAAUCGUGCUGGACCUUGCUUUUCACCCCAAAAUCCUUCGUGGGAAGCGUCGUUUAACUCUGCAUCCUCUAGCAACCAGCUUCCGCGAGCCCAUGCAACUCGACCUUGCAGCACGUAUCAGCAGGUGGAUCUAUACCCAAUCCCACCUUACCAAAGACCUAUCGGAACCUCGCUUUCGCCAACGGCAAAUGAAUUUACUUCCCCUGGCGCAAAUGCGGUGCCCUGGACGACAUCUCCGGUCGGUGCAAACACUUUGCAGACUUAUAUCUCUCCUCUUGAGCCACUCAACUACCGCCGGCUCCUCGAUAAAAAUGUGUCUUGCGACUGGAAAUAUAUAGUGGACAAAAUUGUCUGCAACAACGACCAGCAAGCCUCUAUCUUUCUUCAACAAAAGCUCAAAGUUGGAACAGCUGAACAGAAAUAUGAUAUCAUCGAAGCAAUCACACAUCAGGCGUAUCCGCUCAUGGUCAAUCGUUUUGGUAACUUUCUUGUUCAACGUUGCUUCGAGCAUGGAACUACAGGGCAAGUCGUUGCCAUAGCCAACGCCAUCAAGGGCAACACGCUGAGCCUUAGCAUGGAUCCAUUCGGAUGUCAUGUAGUUCAAAAGGCUUUUGACUGUGUCCCAGAAGAACACAAGGCUGUCAUGGUUCAUGAGCUUCUUCGCAGAAUUCCAGAAACGGUUAUUCAUCGGUACGCAUGUCAUGUGUGGCAGAAGCUUUUCGAGCUCCGUUGGAGUGGGGAGCCUCCUCAGAUUAUGGCGCAGGUCAAUGAAGCCCUGCGAGGAAUGUGGCAUGAAGUUGCUCUGGGUGAAACUGGCAGUUUAGUGGUCCAGAACAUUUUUGAGAACUGUGUAGAAGAUGAGAAGCGUCCGGCUAUUGAAGAGGUAUUGGCAAAAAUCGAUAUGCUCGCCCAUGGUCAAUUCGGAAACUGGUGCAUUCAACACAUCUGUGAGCAUGGCGCUCCUCAAGACAAGAGCCGAGCCAUUGAACACGUUCUCCUCUGGUCAGUCGACUACAGUAUGGAUCAGUUUGCCUCCAAGAUCGUCGAAAAAUGUCUCAAGAUAGGGGGCUCCGAAUUUCUGGAUCGCUACCUUGCCCGGGUCUGCACUGGCCGUACUGAUAGACCCAGAAUGCCCUUGAUCGAUAUUGCUGGAGAUCAAUAUGGGAACUACCUUAUCCAGUGGAUUUUGAUGAAUUCUCCGCCUCAUCAGCGUGAAUUGGUCGCCAGCCACAUUCGGAAGCACAUGGUAUCUUUGCGUGGUUCCAAGUUUGGUUCACGCGUGGCAAUGCUCUGUUGCAAUCCAUCCCAUACCACUCGUCCCGGACCCGGGGUGGGCAUGCAGAUCGGCCGUUUCAGCAAUCUCAACGAUGACCGGUAUCACCUGGCAGGCCACCAUGGAGGGCGAUUCAGCCGCGGAAACCAGUGGAAUCCUAACUAUCCACCAUUUCGUUGA